ACGAAGAUGAGUACCACCAACUCACAGGAUGAUGAAGAUACCUUUAAAAUACUUAUUGCUACUGAUAUUCAUCUUGGCUAUUUGGAGAAGGAUCCAGUGCGUGGAAAUGAUACAUUUGUAACUUUUAAUGAAAUUCUGGACCAUGCUCAAAAAAAAGAAGUGGACUUUGUUUUAUUAGGUGGGGACCUUUUUCAUGAAAACAAACCUUCCAGAAAAACAGUACACUCUUGUUUGGCGUCACUAAGAAAAUACUGCAUGGGUGAUCGUCCCGUUCAGUUUGAAAUUUUGAGUGAUCAGGCAGUUAAUUUUCAUUAUAGCAAGUUCCCAUGGGUGAAUUAUCAGGAUGGAAAUCUCAACAUUUCUAUUCCAAUUUUCAGUAUUCAUGGCAAUCAUGAUGAUCCCACAGGGGCAGAUGCACUGUGUGCGUUGGAUAUUUUAAGCUGUGCAGGAUUGUUGAAUCACUUUGGACGUUCAACUUCUGUGGAGAAAAUAGAUAUUAGUCCCAUUUUAUUGCGUAAGGGUAGAACAAAAAUUGCUCUCUAUGGCUUGGGAGCUAUUCCAGAUGAGAGGUUGUAUCGUAUGUUUGUCAAUAAACAAGUAACCAUGCUGAGACCAAAGGAGGAUGAAGAUAGUUGGUUUAACUUGUUUGUGAUUCAUCAAAAUAGGAGCAAACAUGGAGCUACCAACUACGUUCCAGAGCAGUUUUUAGAUGACUUUAUUAAUCUUGUUGUGUGGGGUCAUGAACAUGAGUGCAAAAUAGCUCCAUUCCAAAAUGAACAGCAAGGUUUCUAUGUUUCUCAGCCAGGAAGUUCAGUGGUGACAUCUCUGUCCCCUGGAGAAGCUGUGAAGAAGCACAUUGGCUUGCUUCAUGUUAAAGGGAAAAAAAUGAAAAUGCAGAAGAUUGCUCUAGAGACGGUGCGAACUUUCCACAUGGAGGAUGUUGUUCUAGCUGAUCAUCCAGAUCUUUUUAAUCCUGAUGAUCCUAAAGUAACUCAGGCAAUACAAGCAUUCUGCAUGGAAAAGGUUGAAUUGAUGCUGGACAAUGCAGAAAGAGAACGCUUGGGAAAUCCACAGCAGCCAGAGAAGCCUCUCAUAAGAUUACGGGUUGAUUAUACAGGUGGCUUCGAACCAUUCAGUGUCCAUCGUUUUAGUCAGAAGUAUGUGGAUAGGGUGGCUAACCCAAAAGACAUCAUACACUUUUUCAGGCAUCGUGAGCAAAAAGAGAAAAAUGACAGUGAUCUUAAUUUUGGAAAACUGAUUAGCAGACCUGCUUCUGAGGGGAUGACACUGAGGGUGGAAGAUCUCGUAAAGCAGUAUUUUCAGACAGCGGAGAAGAAAGUACAGCUUUCACUUCUAACUGAAAGAGGAAUGGGGGAAGCAGUGCAGGAGUUCGUGGACAAAGAAGAAAAAGAUGCCAUAGAAGAGUUGGUGAAGUUUCAACUAGAAAAAACACAGAGGUUUCUUAAGGAACGUCGCACUGAUGCAGAGGAAGAAAAAAUAGACGAGGAGGUGCGAAAAUUUAGGGAGAGUAGAAAAAAGAAUACUGAAGAAGAGGAUGAGGAAGUUCGUGAGGCAAUGACCAGGGCUAGAGCCCACAGAUCUGAGGAUGCAGUUCUUGUUGCAGCCUCCAGUGAUGAAGAACUCAUGGAUACGGGGAUGAAAGGCACUGAUGAUUCAGAUGAUGGCUUUCCUGCAACACUAAGCCGAGGAAGGGGUCGGGCAAGAGGUAGGGCAAGGGGUGCAAGAGGACAAAACUCAACAGCAAGAGGUUCAUCUCGAAGGGGAAGAGGAACCACUAGCCAAGAGUCAGCUACUAGCAGCAGAACCUACAAGCCUGUAUCUGUGCCUGCCAAGAAUAUGUCUAUCAUGGAUGCCUUUAGGUCUUUGAAACCAGAGCCCACCUUGAAUUCAUCUAAAUCUUACUCUGAGGCUAUUAUAGAUGAUGACUCCGAUCUAGAAGACAUUUCUAUUGUUCCUUCUUCCAAAGUAAAUCAAAGGUUGCCAACUACAUCUUCACUUAGUAAAAGAGGUUCACAAAGCCAAACAUCUAGAGGAGUUGAUUUUGAGUCAGAUGAGGAUGAAUUCGAUCCAUUCAAAAGCACUGCAACAUCAAGAAGAACUAAGUGAUUUCUGGCUCGCUGCACAAGAGAGAAAAGUGAAAGUUAGUGAAGAAAAUGGAAAGCAGUUUGCAAGGCAUUCUUUAUAUGACAUUUGUCUGUAAAGGAUGGCUUGCCUUCAAUUUUCACUUCUAUGAAAUGUUCUUGAUUUGGUUGUUUUUUUUUCAGUGGCACCAAAUUUGGUAUAAUUUGGGUUUUGGCAUUGCUUGAUGCAUUAGAGAGGGUAUCUAAUAUUCUGAAGUACUGCCUGAAAUGCAAGUUCUUUCUAAAACUUCUAAAAGCCUGUUUUCUUUUUGGGAUUAUAAUGUAAAUAACAGUCAUAUCUUUUAUAGAAAACUCCAUCUCUUGGGCUUGAAUUUUGCAGAGGAGUAAAUUUAUAGUAGUAUGCAAGUAUGGAUAUGGACACGGACUCGGUUAGCGUAACAAAACUGGUACUUAUUUGUAAUUUUCUAUGGAUACAGUUGAAAGUUCUAAAGAGUAAUAGUUUGACCCAAAAUACAGUUUUCAGUAUUGAAGGUGGAAAAUGUUCUUUCAACUCUACUAUGAGAACUAAACCCACUAUUGCACUGUUAUUAAAUGUCAUAGUAUACAGGAAUGAAUUUUGCUUUGUAGUUCAAGAAGUGCCAAAGACUUCAGAUUGAAUGGUGUUGUCAGCUUUUACCCUGUAAAUAAGAUGUAAGGGCUAGAACCUUACAGCUUCACCAGGAAUGCUGCCUGAAGAAUAAAGCAAUCAAGCAAUCAAGGCAGGACAUUGCCUCUUACCUUUUCUUAGCUGACAUUUUUCAGGUAUCUGUUUCCUCAGCUCGCUGCUUCAGUAACCCUCCUAAAAUGUCACCACUAUUUUCCAAAUAUUCUUCAAAUGAGGCUUUUAAAAUACAGUAUUUUAUUCACAGUGGGGGAACCGCUCCUUCUGUUGAAGGAGCCAAGACCUAGACCUAUUCCUUCUUCUCUCUUUCCACCUCUGUACACCCCACUCCCCAGAAAGUGCUGUUCUGUAGCUACAGCCAUUAGAGAUAAUCCAGGAAAAGGGCAGAAGUGUUCGUCAGCUAAUGCUCCAGCAUGUCAGAGAAUCACUAAAUACAUUGAGUAUCUGCAGCCAUGCCUUUGCAUUUUUACUUUCCCUUUCAGAGAGAUGGGAUUGGGCAGUUCUGUUUCUCUGGCUCUCACUGAACAUGACUGUUGGUACUUUGCCUGCAUAUAUGCUGUAGCAGGGAACCUAAAUGAGCCUUCAGCUUCCUGAAGACCUCCAUUAAAAUGAUCAAGACCUGCAAAUUUCUAGUGUAGGGCUUAGUAGCAACUUACGAAGCAGUGCGAUAGCUUACGGUAUCAGCAAAUAAUUUGGUAGUCUGGCUCUUUCCUUUCAUUAAGGGCUGUCAAAGCUAUAACAUUACCUGUGCA